AUGGCAAGCAGACUUACGCAAUUGCAGCAGCAUUUGACUGGACAAGGGAACCAUGGUUCCCAUGGUUCCCAAAAGGAAAGUGUCACUGGGAAAACGCCCGAUGAUGUCGUUAUUGUAGCAGCAUACCGUUCAGCGAUUGGUAAAGGGUUUAAAGGCGGGUUCAAGGACGUCAACAGCGAUUAUUUGUUGGCCCAGUUUCUAAAAGAGUUCUUAUCCAAAGUGGAUAUCGACAAGAGUCUUGUCGAGGAAGUUGCAUGCGGUAACGUGUUGAAUUUCGGCGCGGGUGCUACUGAACAUAGGGCAGCUAUGUUGGCUACUGGAUUGCCAUACGGAACGCCGCUAGUGGCUAUCAACAGACAAUGCUCGUCCGGGUUGACGGCUGUAAAUGACAUUUCAAACAAGAUUCUGGCCGGCCAGAUCAGCGUGGGGUUGGCUGUGGGGGUCGAGUCUAUGUCGAAAAAUUACGGGAAAACCGCAUUGGGGACAAUAUCUGAGGAGUUGAAGUCGGAUAAGAGCGCUGCUAGUUGCUUGAUUCCGAUGGGGUUCACCAAUGAGAACGUUGCUAAGAAGUUCGGCAUUUCAAGAGAAGAACAGGAUCGUUUUGCGCUGGAAUCGUUCCGGAAAGCUGAGAAGGCAGUGUCAAACGGACUCUUCAAAGAUGAGAUUCUCCCCAUCGAAUUGCCAAACGGAACUAAGAUAGACCGGGAUGAGGGUCCCAGAACCGGAGUCACGCUUGAGUCGUUGCAGAAGAUUCGGCCAGCGUUCGUCAAGGAAACGGGUGUCACGACUGCUGGGAACGCGUCGCAGAUCUCAGAUGGUGUUGCUGGUGUCUUGCUUAUGCGAAGAUCUAUGGCAAUGAAAUUGGGACUCGAGAUUAUUGGGAAAUACGUAGCGUUCCAGGCGGUCGGUGUGCCCCCAGAGAUUAUGGGCGUUGGUCCUGCUUACGCUAUCCCAAAAGUGUUGAAACAGUGCGGGUUGGGCAUCAACGAUGUAGACGUGUACGAAAUAAACGAGGCCUUUGCAGGGCAGGCAUUGUAUUGUGUUAAAACGUUGGGAAUUGAUAAUGAAAAAUUGAAUCCCAAGGGCGGUGCCAUAGCGUUGGGCCAUCCACUAGGUGCCACUGGCGCAAGACAAGUGGCUACCAUAUUAAGGGAGCUAAAGCCAGGUCAAAUUGGCGUCGUCAGUAUGUGCAUCGGUACCGGUAUGGGUGCUGCCGCAGUCUUAGUUAAAGAGUAG